UUGUCAUUUAUUUUGAGCACUCCCCGGACACAAACACCAGUGGGUCUGCAGAAACUUCAGGGUUUCCUUUCCUUUCGUCUCGUAACUCAUUCCUGCCACUACACCAGUAGCCAUGCCGAUGUGCGGAGGGCUCGGCGAGGCAUCUGAAGCCACCGAAGAAAUCCAGAAGAUCUGCGAAAGCGUGAAGGCCCACGCGGAGAAAGAAGCAGGGAAACCCUACGAGGUGUUCACAGCCAAGAGCUACGCGUCUCAGGUGGUGGCUGGGACCAACUACUUCAUCAAGGUCCACGUGGGAGGAGAUGAUCACGUUCACCUCCGUGUUUGGAAAAAACUUCCAUGUAAUGGAGGAGAGUUGGAGUUGACUAAAAUGCAGCAAUCCAAGAAGCACGAGGACCCCGUUGAGUACUUCUAAUCGGAUCCCGAACCAAACACGGCAUCCGUGUCUACGUGUGGCCUUCCUGUUAUAAUCCGAAAUGAUUCCAGCUAAACAUACAAAACGAUGUUUGUCCUCCGCUAACUCGUUACAACCGUAUAGCGCCGUAGAUCAUUUUAAAGAGCAUUUUAAAAAUGGAACAUUUUAUACAACAUUAAAGAGUAAAUGAAUCUGA